AUGGCAAGCAUGAUGAAUCCAGCACCUACUCUUACAAAGCUCCAAAAUGCAAGAGCUAUCCUAGGACAUAAACCUAUAAGCAAUAGGAUUUUUCUUGGUGCAACACCCAAGCCUUUCCAGAUAGGUAAACGACACCUAGGGAUGGCAUUUAAAGAUGAGGUACGUAACGCAGCUGAAAAAGGAGUCGAUGCAGCGAAACAAGGCGCUGAUACGGCCAAAAAAGCCGCUCAAGAAGCCAAAAAUGAGACUGCCUCUAUUGCUGAUGAGGCGGUGAGGAAAACAAAGGUAAUGGGAGAAAAAGUUGCGGACGCAGCACAAGACAUGGCUGGAAAAGCAAAAGAAACAGCCCAAGAAGCAUGGGGAUCAGUUAAGGACACAACCCAAAAAGUGAAAGACACUGUGCUGGGCACGGCUGAAGAUUCCAAAGAGGCUAUAAAAAAUAAUGUUAACCGCAGCAUGAACAACAAGAAUUGA